AUGGCUUCCCUCGUCACCGUCACUGCUGUCUCCUCCGUCAAACUCUCAUCAUCCCAGUUUAUGGCGUCGCAUAAGCCCUCAGUAGAAGCUGGUCGGAGCAAGGGCAGAGUUUUCCAGGUUCGUGUUCGCGCGUCUGACGACGAAAACAAGCCAGUUGUCGGCCCGGAUGUUGCCGCUGUCGCCGCAAAGACCGGCUCGAUCCUCUGCACGGACUGCGAAGGAAACGGCGCGGUGCAGUGCAAGCAGUGCCAGGGCGGAGGAGUGAACCUGGAGGAUCACUUCCAGGGCCGCUUCAAGAAGGGCACCAGCUGCUGGCUCUGCAGGGUGGCUGACUGCCUGUUCUAA